GCAACUAUAUAAGUAGGAAGAGUGUCACUGAUCAUCACACCUCAUCAAAGUCUGCCAUCGCCACAAUGGACAGCCUACAAAUACCCACACAUGAUUUAUGGAUUAUUUUGCCUUUAUGCCUCAGCUUGACAGAGCCGAGAGGGAGAGAAAGAAGCCACAUGGCUAAUGGAGAGUGCAGGCAGAGCAGGGAGCAAGGAGGAGGAAGUGAGAGGCCCCUGAGAGUGCCCCCCAAUCAGAGAAAGCCAGAGCAGAGGGGAGAGACAACAAGAGGGGGGCAGGACAAAGAGAACACAAGAACAUAAGAACAGUCCUGCUGGAACAGGCACAAGGCCCAUCUAGUCCAGCAUCCUGUUUCACACAGUGGCCCACCAGAUGCCACUGGGAAGCACGCAGGCUCAGCCCUGGCCGACGGGACCCUCACAGGAUCAGCACUGGCCAACAGAACCACCAUAAACUUAGCACUGGCCACUCUCACAGGCUCAGUACCUGGCAACGGCACCAUCACAGGUUCAGCACUGGUUGAUGGCACUCUCAUGGGCUCAGCGCUAACCAACAGUACCCUCACAGCCUCAACACUGGCCAAUAGCACCCUCAUGGGCUCAACAUUGGGCAAUGGCACACUCACAGGCCCAGUUCAGGUUGAUGGCAACCUGAUAGGCUCAGCAUUGGGCAACAGCACCCUCACAAGCUCAGCACUGGCCAACAGCACACUCACAGGCCCAGGCCUGAUCAACGGCACCCUCACAGGCUCCGCACUUGGCAAUGGCACCUUCACAGGCUCAUCACCAGGCAAAGUCACCCUCACAGCUCUGGUUGAUGGCACCCUCACAGGACCAGGCAAUGGCACCCUCACAGGCUCAGCAUUGAGUCACGGCACACUUACAGGCUCAGCAUUGGGCAACGGCACCAUAAAAGGCCCAGCCCUGGUCAACAGCACCCUCACAGGCCCAGCAUUGGGUCACGGCACCCUCACAGACCCAGCCCUAGUCAAUGGCACUCUCACAGGCCCAGCACUGGGCAACGGCACCCUCACAGGCCCAGCAUUGGGUCAUGGCACCCUCACAGGCCCAGGAUUGGGUCAUGGCACCCUCACAGGCCCAGCCCUAGUCAAUGGCACCCUCACAGGCUCAGGAUUGGGCAACGGCACCCUCACAGGCCCAGGAUUGGGUCAUGGCACCCUCACAGGCCCAGCCCUAGUCAAUGGCACCCUCACAGGCUCAGGAUUGGGCAACAGCACCCUCACAGGCCCAGGAUUGGGUCAUGGCACCCUCACAGGCCCAGCCCUAGUCAAUGGCACCCUCACAGGCUCAGCAUUGGGCAACGGCACCCUCACAGACCCAGCAUUGGGCAACGGCACCAUCACAGGCCCAGCAUUGGGCAAUGGCACCCUCAAAGCCCCAGCAUUGGGUCAUGGCACCCUCACAGGCCCAGCAUUGGGCAACAGCACCCUCACAGGCCCAGCAUUGGGCAAUGACACCCUCACAGGCCCAGCAUUGGGCAAUGACACCCUCACAGGCCCAGCAUUGGGUCAUGGCACCCUCACAGGCCUAGCAUUGGGCAAUGACACCCUCACAGGCCCAGCAUUGGGUCAUGGCACCCUCACAGGCCCAGGCCUAGUCAAUGGCACCCUCACAGGCCCAGGAUUGGGUCACGGCACCCUCACAGGCCCAGCCCUAGUCAAUGGCACCCUCACAGGCCCAGCAUUGGGUCACGGCACCCUCACAGGCCCAGCCCUAGUCAAUGGCACCCUCACAGGCCCAGAAUUGGGUCAUGGCACCCUCACAGGCCCAGCAUUGGGUCAUGGCACCCUCACAGGCCCAGACCUAGUCAAUGGCACCCUCACAGGCCCAGCCCUAGUCAAUGGCACCCUCAUAGGCUCAGCACCUGGCAACAGCACCACCACAGGUUCAGCAGUGGCCAAUGGCACCUCCUCAGCUACAGCACCCGUCAGCAACAGCUCCUCCGGCACAGCGCCUGCCAACAGCACCUCCUCAGGCACAGCACACAUGAAUGGCACUUCCUCAGGUGCAGCAGCUGCCAACGGCUCUACUAUUCCUGUGCCAUCUAUUCCUCAGAAUGUCUCAAGUGCCUCCAGUUCUCCACCCCACUCUUUCCUGGCCAAUGCCACUGCUCUUCCCUCAGCUUUGCCUGGCUCCAACACCACUACCUUUACCAUUUCACCUGACUCCUCUACCAAAACAGAUUCUGGAGUCACAGCACUAUCUUCAUCAUCAGGUACCACCACAGCUGCAAAAAACCCCGAAAAUGAACUUGGCCUCCCCUACUGGGCCAUUAUUCUGAUCUGUAUCGUUUGCCUGUGGGCUCUUAUGUUCCUGAUUUGCUUGAUUUCCUAUUGUUUAAGACCAAAGAAAACCAGCCCUACUUCCUUCCAGGCUUAUCGGGCCCAUCAUAUCCUCCGCAGUUUCCGGGAUCAGAAAUGGUGAAGGAAGGUCUUCCUCCUAUAGCCAGUUAUAGCAAUACACUUCUUUGGAGCCACUUUCCUUGACUUCCCCUUCAUGAACUGUGGAGAACUUCCAGUCUUCUUCAGUAAAAUUGCUGCAGCCAAGGCUCUUUCUUUAAAAAAUCAAUCAUGUAAGAUCCUCUAGAGGGCAGCACUGGAAUGUGAAAACAGUUGAUCCUCAUGAAAGGAAUGUAUUAAUCCUGUAGGCACUUUCUGUCUCUCAGUUUCAUUUGUGCACAUCACAGAAAUGAAACUGAGACUCACACAGCCCUGUGGCUUUGCCUUGGUCUGAGAGCUAACAACUUCCUUUUCUGCGUACAUAAUCAAGAAUGUGGAUAGGAAUGAAGAAACGAUGAGCUCAUAAAUCAUAACUGAGAAUUAUUGGAGCUCAGAUUGAGAACCAGGGAAACUUGGGUUCAACUCCUUGCUCAGAAUCAGUUAUAUUAAGCUCACUGGCUGACCUGGAUCAAUUACCAUCUCUCCAUUUAAUCUACCUCACAAGGUUGUGCUAAGAAGAAAAGGAGAUUACUUUUAUGUAACCCCAAAAGCUCUUUGGAAGAAGGGUAGGAUAUAAGGACAUAA